UGUCAUCGCUUAUAUCUCUCAAAGUAAAAUUAGAAGAACCUGUUUUGGAGAACACCUCCAAAGUUUUCCGUUCACAAAACUUUAAGAUAGGGUUUUAGUACAUAUAUCCCACUUGAAAAAAUUCCUGCUCUUUUUUUAAGCGCCCUGUAGGUUUUUUUUUUUUUUUUUUCCCCCGGUGAUUACACAAAAACUUGGAGCAGCGUCCAAAGGUUGCCGAGCGCUGUCAUCAAGGGCCGAUAAUUAAACCCGGUUUGCAAAAUGGAUUCAGCAUGGAACCGUGUCCUGUCUGUGCACCGGUGGAUUUUGGAGAAUGGAGACAAGAGGACGGACCCCUGGCCCCUGGUGUACUCCCCUGUCCCGGUGACUCUCAUCUUCCUGGGUUACCUCUGUAUGAUCUGGGCCGGUUCUCAUCUGAUGAAAAACCGGAAGCCUUUUGAGCUCAAAAUAGUUCUCAUCGUUUAUAACUUUGCCAUGGUUGGCUUCUCUGCAUACAUGUUCUACGAGUUCCUGGUCACAUCGUGGCUCUCAAACUACAGCCUGCUCUGUCAGCCUGUGGAUUACAGCAAUAGCCCACUGCCCUUGAGGAUGGCCAGGGUUUGUUGGUGGUUUUUCUUUUCUAAGAUCAUAGAGCUCCUUGACACGCUCUUCUUCAUCUUGAGGAAGAAGAAUAGUCAGCUGACCUUCCUUCAUGUUUACCAUCAUGGCAGCAUGAUCUUCAACUGGUGGGCAGGAGUAAAGUAUGUGGCUGGAGGACAAUCUUUCUUCAUCGGCCUUGUCAACACCUUCGUCCACAUCGUCAUGUACACUUAUUACUGUCUGUCUGCAUUCGGUCCUCACAUGCAGAAGCACCUUUGGUGGAAGAAAUACCUCACUAUGCUGCAGCUGCUGCAGUUCCUGCUCUUCUUCCUUCACACCGGCUACAACCUGAUCACCGAGUGCAACUUCCCAGACUCCAUGAACAUAGUGGUGUUUGGUUAUGUUCUUACCCUCAUAAUGCUCUUUUGUAACUUCUACUAUCAGAAAUACGUCCUCAAGAAGAAGCAGAAAUGAGGCAACAUCAAACUCAGUUCUUUUUUUGGGAAGCUAUGUCAUUACCCAGAGUUUUCCAGAAGACAGCUGCAGUAUUAUCCCGUCCACUAGAGGGCACAACCAGCUCACAAGUCUUAAGGUUUUUUUUCUGAACAGACUCAUAAACGAUGUGAACUGUU